CAAUUCAUUACAACUGUAUAGCUGGAAUUUGCAACUACAGGGCAGGAUGAGUGAGCCGACGUUGAACUUUCAUGUUCAAACAAAUAUUAGUCAAUUUAAAAUUCCUAAUGAACUUAUUAAGAAGAAUUUUAAGACAAUUCAAAAAUUAAUCGAGAAGCAGCGGAAACAGUUGACAGAAGAUGUGACUAAGAUUAAGAAGAAUUCUAAAUUACCUAAUGAAUUGAAAUUAGAAAUGAUUCGAAAAGUUAUUAAAAAUUUUGAAUCUUUCCAGAAGAAAUUGAAAGUAGCUAUAGAAAGAGAUCAAGAACUUCAAUCAAGAAUUAUUGCUAGGAUAGAUCAUUUAGCUCAAUUAAAAGAUUAUUGCUUAUCACAAGAUCAGGCUCCAAAUGGUAGUACUAGUAAAAUUGAUUCAAAGGAAACUUCUCCUAAUGAAGAUUCUGGUACUACUAAUGGUAAUGGUAAUGGUAAUGGAAAUGGUAAUGGUAAUGAAUUAAUUGAAGAUAAUGAUUCAUCUACAGUAAAAAAUAGUAAAGAAGCUUCAUCAACUCCUGCUGUUAAAGAUGAAAAUGAUAGAUACCUUAAUUUGCAUGAUCCUAACUUAAUGAAUUGGUAUAGAGACCAAACUAAUUUAUUAAUUAUUGAUUAUUUAAUUAAAUCCAAUUCAGGUUCAGGAGAAAAUAUUGGAUUAGUAUUAUUAAAGAGUUUAUCUGAAUCUAAUCCAAAAUAUAAAAAAUUAAUCGAUUAUGAUUUAUUUGAAGGUUUUAAUAAAGUUUAUGUUUCUAUAAUGGAAAAACAUGAUUUGUCAUUAGUGAUAGCUUGGUUUAAUGAAAAUCGAAAUUUCUUAAAGAAAGCUAAUUCCAAUUUAGAAUUUGAAAUAAAUUAUUGUAAAUUCUUAUCAUUAAUAGAGAAAGGUGAUGUUAAUGAGGCUAUUAAAUUUUCUAAUGCUAAUCUUUCUCCUUAUGGUAAUAAAAGUAAUUAUCUGGAAAAUGAUCUUACUAAUCAUACUAAUAAUUUUGCUAGAAUGAAAGAAAUUGGUGGAUUAUUAAUUUAUUUGGCUUUACAAGAUAGAACAAAUAGCAUAUUAUCUAAUACCGACAACAUAUUGAAAGUUAAAAAUGAUAAAAGAAUUGCAUUUUCAAGUAGUAUGUUAGUUAAUUCUCCUCGUUAUCAUGAAUAUCAGAAACUUUUAUCUGAUGAAAGAUGGGAAAGUUUAUCUCGCUGCUUUAUAGAAAAUUUCACUAAUCUUUAUGGCAUUUCAAAAAAUUAUCCUAUAUUUGUUUAUUUAUCAGCUGGAUUAUCAAGUUUAAAAACAAAAUCAUGUUAUCAUAAUAUUGAAAAUACAAUUUUUAGAAAAGGAUCUAGUGAUGAUAUGGUUGAUGGUGAAACAACAAAUAAAUCAAAUGGUACGGAGAAUAUUUAUAAGAAAGAUCUUGCAGUUCUUACCAAUAAGAAAUAUAGAGGACCUAAUCAAUACUAUAAAUUAUUGAAUAAGAUUAAUAAUUGCCCAGUAUGCUCUCCUGAAUUGUUCAAAUUGAGUAGAAACUUACCUUAUGCUGAGUUAAUUACCAAUAUAUUUGAUAAUCCCUUUAAAUUACCCAAUGGUAAUAUUUAUCCAUUUGACAAAUUAUUAAAUCCUUCUGAAACUUAUUUGUCAGAGAAGAAUACUUUACUUAGAAUGGGUAAAAUUAAGGAUCCUUUAACAAGAGAGAUCUUUUUAAUUGAUAACUGUGUUAGGGUUUAUCCAGCAUAAACGAUUCUAAUUACAUAUUCAUUAUUUUUAUAUUUUAUUUUGCAACUAUCUUUAUCUUUAUCUUUAUCUUUUUCUUAGUUUAUUAAUUAUUUUUUUUUGGGUAUGGCUUCGGUUAUUCAGGUUAUUCAGGUUAUUCAUGGUUGAUUUUUACCUGUUAUUCAUAUUCUUAUUAUUAUGUUUAUUUCUCUAUAACGACUACAU